CAGAGGUGACCCUGAGGACGGAUUCUGGAAUGAUGGAAUUUCAGGGUUCCUGGGGCAUUGAGAAUCUUGGUCUCAUCACAAUGACCUGAAAUUCCAAGGACAAUCUCAACCUGGGCUCAGUUGAGCAGGCAACUGCACAGGGAGGGUGAGAGGCACAUAGUACCCUGGAGGACCGUUAGGCCCACCAUGAAGAUUCACAAUGAAGCAGCUGUGGAGGCACAAAUACAGGAGCUAAGGACCAUCACUCGGCUGCAGGAACAAUGUCGGGCGCUCCAGAUCCAGGGCGUGAAGGAGAAGACAGCACAGAACAAGGCUACACUGGGCCUCCUGCGCAGCAACCUCCGUCGAGGGGCCCAGGACUGGGCUUUGGCUAAGAAGUAUGAUCAGUGGACCAUCUCCAAGGCCUGCGCGAAGGAUGCAUCCAUGAAGCUGGCACACUGCCGCAGUACUAUGGAGGUGGCUCGGGAGAAGCUGCGAAAGUACGUCUUCGAUCGUGUGAAUGCACACAACGUGCUGAUCCAUCUGGCUCGACGACGGGGACAGAAGCUGGAGAGCUUACAGCUGGAACUGGCCAGCCUGCGGAACCAGCCUGAUGCUACUAAGGAUGAGCUAAAGCUGCUGCAGAUUAUCCGCCAGCUGGAGAACAACAUCGAAAAAACCACGAUCAAGAUCACCACCAGCCAGAACAUUCACAUGUUGUACACAGACCUGCUGGAUUAUCUGAAGAAGGUUCUGGCAGGCUACCCCACAGAGCUAGACAAGCUUCAGAACCUGGUGUCCAACUACUGCUUGGAGCUGUCAGAUAUGACAGUCAUGUCCCAAGAUGCCAUGAUGAUUACUGAUGAGGUCAAGAGGAACAUGAGGCAAGGGGAGGCAACUUUCAUCGAGGAGCGAAGGGCACGGGAGAACCGGCUGAAUCAGCAAAAGAAGCUUAUUGACAAGAUCCACACCAAGGAGACCAGCGAGAAGUACCGCCGUGGCCGGAGGGACCUAGAUUUCUCCUCCAAUCUAAUGAGUAUGGAGACCAUGAAGGUGAGGAAAAGAGAAACUUCCAUAGCAGAUAUGGAAUACCAGACUGAAGUUACUACUUUGGUAGAGAGGGUCAAAUCUGCUGUGCAGUGCUCCCACCUCUGGGACAUAGCUGGCCGCUUUCUGGCUCAGAAGAACACAGAGGAGAACCUGGAGCUACAGAUGGAGGACUGUGAAGAACGUCGGACACAGUUGGAGGCCCUGAUGAAGAAGCUGGAGCUUGAAGAGGCACUGCUCAAGUUCCACCAGACACCCAGCUCUGUUGGCUUUAGUUCUAUUGAAAAAAAGAUGAAGACCAUGCUGGAAGAGGAAGAAGCAAGGCUCCAGCUGGCCCACAACAACAUGACCAAGAGCCAGCAGCUGUUCCUGGCCAUCCAGACAGGUAUUGACAACCUCUACAUCCGGCUCAUCGGCAUCAUCUUGCCAGCCACCCAGAAAGAAGUAGCAAUCUCUGACACCCUUGAUGUGUACGGCAAGCUGGAGUAUUGCGAGGGAAAGCUCAUAUACCUGGCUGACCGCAUGCAAACGCUGUCCAGAAAUGAGGAGGUGGACACAAAGGUGAGGGAUGCCCUGGAGUCAUCAACUCUAAAGGAGAAACAUAAUACCAGAAUUACCUUUGAGGACCAAGAGGAGGACAUGAUAGAAACCUUCCAGUUUGCGGACGUGGACCAUAGCUACGUCCCUUCGCGGGCCGAGAUAAAGAAACAGGGUCAGCGACUGAUUGAGGGGAAGCUCAAGGUAUCCAAAAAGAAGAAGAAGUAGCCCUGUCCGGACUUUACUACACAAAUAAACAUUUAUGCA